AUGCUGAUCGAUUCACUCAAGACCCUCCCACCUGAAUUGCGGGAGUUUGUCUACUCCUACUUAUUGUCCGGUGACGAAGACGGUACAGUACGCAUAAGACAGAGACGGAAUGUUGAAGACGGGCUCUGGUCUACCGAGGAUUUAUCUGCCGUACUCGCAUUAAAUGAAAACCCAAUAUAUGUUGCCCGCCGUCGAAAAAGACCUCAUCAGAAUUGGCCCAACGAGGUCGAGGAUGCCCUUUUCCAAGCAAUGGAAUGGCUUAGCAAAUACGACGUAAGAUCCCGUCGACUUCCGAGCGGGAACAGGGUCAUAUCUGAGCUCAUCUACGAGCUUACGGGGCAAGUGAGAAGUCGGAAGCAGAUCUCGAACCAUAUCCAAGUAUUGAGGGUGUAUUCGCGCCUCGGACGAACCGAAACUGCGCAAGACGUCGAUACACAGCAGGCUACCAAAGUCGUGAAUCUUGGACCGGCAGUCUCGUAUGAAAAUUCAACAAUCUUGACCAAAAUUUCCGAUUCCUUCUCGACCAUGGCAUCGAAAUCAAAAGGAACCCUCUCGCUCCGCUGCAGCACCACCUUCGCCCGUAACCUCCUCUCCCUUAGCCUUGUCAACCGUUUCUACCGGAACGAGUGCCUCCAUCAUCUAGCAUCAAACAUACGUUUCGACUUCGGAUUUGACGGUCAUGCACUGCAGCACUUUUGCAGUACCGCGCCCGCGGAGAUUCUCAAAGCAAUGCGCCACUUGCGCGUCACGUUGGUCGAAGGCUAUAUGCCUCAAUUGCCCGACUUGCCGAACCUUCACACUCUCGCUGUUGAUCUGUGGCCGCGCAAUCCGACACGCAGGCCGCAAAACAUACACCGCCCGGAUUCGACUGAUAGGGCGUGGGGCACGCAGACGGAGAAGCUCCUGGACGGUUCGGGGGUGGUGUUGGCGGUGAGGGCCAGACUCAGGCUGGAGAUGAGAUGGGCUGCGGAUUGCGAGAGGUUCGAGAGGGAGUAUGUAGAAAGGGGACGAUGGAGACGAGUGAAUAGAGAAAAUGAAAACGGUGCUUCGGAUCAAGAGGGACCGACUUGUCGUAGGUGCUACGAACUGUGUGGCAAUGGGAAGACUGUUGUGGAAGUGACAGGAAAGGAGAAGGAAGCAGCGUCUGCGGGUGGUGGGCUUGUAUUUUGA